UUCGCCCAAUUCACAUCUCACCUCCCUCUUCUUUACAUACGCUUUUCUUCCUCUUUCUCUUUCUCUCUUCAAACAUGGCUUCCACCUUCUCUCUCAUCUUCGCCACUCUCCUCCUUCUCACCACCAUUACCACCGCCCAAACUCCAUCGGCGCCGCCGCCACCCGCUUCCGAUUCCUGCAACGGUAUCUUCUUAUCCUAUACUUACACCUCCGGAUCCCAGCUUCCACCAGAACGAACAUCAAACCAACCCUACCGCUUCGAAUCAACCCUCAGGGUCCUCAACAACGCCGAUGAAGAGCUCAAAUCAUGGAGGGUUUUUGUUGGAUUUCAGCACGAUGAGUAUUUGGUCUCAUCUUCUAACGCCGUGAUUGCUGAUGGGUCCGCUACUCUUCCCGGUCCGGUUGGAAACGGGACUGUUUUUGCUGGAUUCCCAAGUGCUGAUCUCAAGACUGCCAUUGAAACUGCUGGAGAUGUGAAUCAAAUGUCUGUUCAGGUUGAUUUUUUGGGUACGCAAUUCGGAGUCGGGCCACCUGAUGUUCCUAUGCCAACAAAUAUCUCUCUUGUUAAUGAUGGAUUUGUUUGCCCUAGACCUACUAUGGAAGGGACACGAGUUAUGCAAGUUUGCUGUAGGAAAGAUCCAGAUGCAGUAACCAACGUGACUGUAGGAGACGAGUUUCUUCCACGCCAAUCUGGCGAUCUCACGAUCAUGUACGAUGUGAUCCGAACCUACGAGUCAAAUUACUGGGCCGAGGUGACCAUUGAGAACCAUAAUUCUCUUGGUCGGCUCGAUAAUUGGAACCUAACCUGGGACUGGAUGCGGGAUGAGUUCAUCAACGAUAUAAAAGGAGCGUAUCCCUUCACUCGUGAUUCAUCCGAGUGCAUCUUCGGUCCACAAGGUGCAUUCUACCAAAGAAUGGAUUUCUCGAAUGUUUUGAAUUGCGAAAGACGGCCCACGCUGAUCGACUUACCCCUCGAAAUGACCAACAAUACCCAACGGGGAAACAUUCCGUUUUGUUGCCGGAAUGGCACGAUCUUGCCCCCGACCAUGGAUCCCAGCAAGUCGAAAUCGGCUUUCCAGUUAGAAGUUUUCAAGAUGCCUCCGGAUUUGAACCGGUCUGAACUCAUUCCCCCUCAGAAUUUCAAAAUCAGUGGCAGGCUAAACCCGGAUUACAAAUGUGGCCCGCCGGUACGCGUUAGCCCAAGCCAGUUCGAGGACCCUAGUGGACUACCUGGCUCGACUGCGGUCUCUAGCUGGCAAGUGGUCUGCAAUAUCACACAAGCGAAAGGUUCGAGCCCCCGAUGCUGCGUGUCAUUCUCUGCUUACUACAACGAGUCCAUCAUCCCUUGCCCAACUUGUGCUUGUGGUUGCCCGAGUAGCACAAACUCGCGAACAUGCAGUACCACCGCACCAGCUCUGUUUCUCCCGGCUCAAGCUCUUCUCGUUCCGUUUGAUAACCGAACCGCACUCUCAACCGCAUGGGCCAGCCUCCAACGCCGGACCAUCCCGAACCCAUUGCCUUGUGGUGAUCACUGUGGAGUCAGUCUCAACUGGCACCUGCUCACCGACUAUCGCGGAGGAUGGUCUGCCCGGAUCACCCUCUUCAACUGGGACGAGACUUCUUUCGCUGACUGGUUUGUGGCUGCCGAAUUUGACAAAUCUGCCCCUGGGUUCGAGAAAGCGUACUCAUUCAACGCAAGUGCUCUCGAGUUGAAUGGGGUGAACGAUACGAUAUUUAUGCAGGGUCUUCCGGGACUGAACUAUUUGGUGGCGGAAGUUGACGGAGAUAACCCGAAGAAAGAUCCGAGGGUACCGGGGAAACAACAAUCAGUGAUCUCAUUUACGAAGAAACUGACCCCCGGAAUCAACGUGGCUGGUGGCGACGGGUUUCCGAUGAAAGUUUUCUUUAACGGCGAAGAGUGUGCACUUCCACGAGUUAUUCCGACCAGCGGUUCUUACCGGCCGGAAUUGAGUGUGGUGUUUUCCGGUAUUGUGGCGUUGAUGAUGGUGGUGGUGUUGAUGCAACAUUAGUUGCUAUGGAGAUUGAUUUUUGUAGAUUUAUUUUAUUUUUUAAGGAAAAGGAAAAUAUGGAACACUGAUUUGUAUAGAAUUGUUGUACUGCCUGUGCCUCUCUCAUAUUUAUUAUAACAUCAUAUUUGUGAUCAACUGAAUCUUAAUUCCUUACU